ACUCGCUCUGAGGCAGCCGGCGGAACCGGCUUUUCCCUGGCGCGGCAGAGCCUGGUCCCGAGCUGUCCCCGGAGCGGGCCAUGCCCCCGCGGGAGCUGAGCGAGGCCGAGUCGUCCCCGCUCCGGGCCCCGACCCCUCCCCCGCGGCGGGGCAGCGCGACACCGGAGCUGGGCAUCAAGUGCGUGCUGGUGGGCGACGGCGCCGUGGGCAAGAGCAGCCUCAUCGUCAGCUACACCUGCAAUGGGUACCCCGCGUGCUACCGACCCACGGCGCUGGACACCUUCUCCGUGCAAGUCCUGGUGGACGGAGCGCCCGUGCGCAUUGAGCUCUGGGACACCGCGGGACAGGAAGACUUUGACCGCCUUCGCUCUCUCUGCUAUCCGGAUACCGAUGUCUUCCUGGCCUGCUUCAGCGUAGUGCAGCCCAGCUCCUUCCAAAACAUCACUGAGAAAUGGCUGCCCGAGAUUCGCACCCACAACCCCCAGGCGCCGGUGUUGCUGGUGGGCACCCAGGCCGACCUUAGGGACGAUGUCAAUGUCCUGAUUCAGCUGGAUCAGGGGGGCCGGGAGGGCCCCGUGCCCCAACCUCAGGCUCAGGGUCUGGCCGAGAAGAUCCGGGCCUGCUGCUACCUCGAGUGCUCUGCUUUGACUCAGAAGAACUUGAAGGAGGUGUUUGACUCAGCCAUUCUCAGUGCCAUCGAGCACAAAGCCCGGCUGGAGAAAAAACUGAACGCCAAAGGUGUACGCACCCUCUCCCGCUGCCGCUGGAAGAAGUUCUUCUGCUUUGUUUGAACAGCUAUGGCAGAGUAGGGAGCAAUAGGCAUGAAGCCACAGACAUCUGGAACCUGGGGUAGGGGGCUACUGGCAGGGCCAGGCUACCCCAUGAGACUCAGUUCCCUUCUGAACACUGUGGGGACGAGGGCCUCUAACUGCCCAUUCAUGCCAGGAUGAGCCUAGAGCCUGGAGGAAGGAAGGCUGUAACUUGGAUUUCUGUGGUCAAGGUUUACAGGAAAGUCCUAGCACUUUGAUUUUCAUGGGAUGGUACUAACAGUGUCAGCCACCUUCAAGCAGUUUGGGAUCCAUUUCCCAGUUUGUUAUCAUGGGCCCUCAGGUGGGGCUGGCUGAAUUAGGACCCGUUGUGGUGGGCCCUACCCCCUCCUUGGCACAGGGGUGAGGAAGAACCCAGGGAAUAGCUGGACAUCUUGGAGGGCUGGAAGACGUCCAGCCCUAUUUGGAGAGAAGUUUGGGAUGGACUGUGUAAGGUAGAAGUCAGUGAAAUAUUGAGAAGGACCAGAAAGUGAGGCCUUGGAGCCUUAGGACUGGAGGCAGGCUGGGGAGGAGAAGGCAGAUCAGAGA